GAGGUGAUUUCUUGGAUUUCCUUUUAUAAUAUGUCUUUUUAGCAUUCAAAACGCUUAACACGAAAGGGAGGGGGUAAUGGGGUUCAAACUUUGGGUUCGGAUGUUAGCCUCUUGGCUAAUCAAGUUAGACAGUAAAAAUUUAUUGUUACUAAUAGAAUUGCUUUCUCUUUAAGUUUUUUCAAUAAGAGUGUUUUCUCUGUUUCGAAUUUUUUUUCUCCUUAAGAUAGUAAGCUUCGCUUUGCCAACUUCGUGGCCGGCCCUAUUUAGGCUCCGUCCAUCCCAUCAGUGGCAGAUUUCUCCCUCCUUUGUCCAGAUGAGGUUGUACAGUUUUUUGUGUUUUUUUCUUUUUUUAUAUUCUCAUUUCAUUUGUUUUUGACAAGCUGUGGUUUGUGAGGGAAAUGCCUUGAUCGUCUACAUAAUUAUGUUUCUUGUGUUUAGGUUUUCGUUUUUUCCAAAUUUGUGUCUUUUAAGGUCUCGUCGGUGUGUUGCUGUUGCGGGAGUUACAUUGUUUGAUUUUGUUCUGAUGCUUUUCGAAUUUGGGUAUAUCAGGUCACAUGGGUGCAUGGAUCCUUAAGAACUUCUAAAAUUUAAUUUAAAAGUUAACUGGAAAUUGAUCUAUAUAGCACAUGGUUUGGAAUGUUUGACUUGAGAAUUAAAUUAAUAUAAAAAUAAAAAUAAAAUAACUAUUUUCCUAAAUAUUUCUUUAAACUACUACAGGAUCAAAAAUUUAGGACGUAGUAGAAAUUGAAUUUAUUAUUUUAAUAUAUUCAUGAACUUAAAAGUCAAGAGCUUCAAAUCUUAUAUCUGUAAAACAAUGUUAAGGCUAGUUUUGCUUGUAGUGUAAUUAAGCCUUUGUUAAAGCACCUAUUGGACAAGUGGCAAAAGAGUUGACGAAAUUCCAAGGAACUGGAAGGCCAUGUGCAGCCUCUCAAAUUUGCAUAAGCUCGAGGAGAUCCGGCAUCUAUGGUGGAAAGCAUUUAAUCCUUAAUGAUAAAUUGAUUUAACAAAAAGCUAAGCAGGAGUUGAUCAUCUUCAUCCUUUGAGACCUGUUGGCUGUGGCUAGCUUCGUGCCAAUAAUGGGCAUGAAGCACCAACCUCACAGAACCACUAUUUCUAUUAGAUAUUAUUCCACAAUUCUAGCUCUAGCCCUUCUCGUUACCUCGUUUUGUCUCUUCCUUUCUCCCAUUGCACAGGUACAAGAAGCUUUGCUGUUUCCUUCUGGAAAUACUUCGUUUAGUGGAGACCUCAGAGACGCUAAAUUUCCAUGGAACAAGCUUUGUUUCGGACCCACUUUUGAGAAGCUAAAACUUGCAGUUUUCUCCAAGACAUGGCCGAUUGGUGCAGCUCCUGGUGGCAUGGAACGCCAUGCUUCUACUCUAUAUCAUGCUCUAGCUGCCAGGGGUCAUGAAAUCCAUGUGUUCACUGUGCCGUCAGAUAGGAGGCCUCAUUCUGAUAUCCAUGAAGGAAACCUUCAUGUUUAUUUUGCUGCAAAUGAUCAUGGCUCUGUCAACUGCUCUCUAGCAUUUGAGAUAUUCAACAAGAUAGGCACUGAUGUGCCAUUUGAUUAUGUUCAUACAGAGAGUGUUUCAUUGCCUCACUGGAGAGCAAAAAUGGUGCCUGAUGUGGCUGUAACUUGGCAUGGAAUUUGGUAUGAAAUUAUGCACUCCAAGUUAUUUGAAGAGCUAUUUUCAAACCCAAAUGGGGUUCUUCCGGGCCCUAUGACAGAGCUUCAGGAAGCAAUGCCAAGGCUUAUUGAGGAAAUUAGAUUCUUCUCCAGCUACAAACACCACAUCUGCAUCAGCAACAGCGCAGGCGAGGUAUUGAUGAACAUCUACCAGCUGCCUCAGAGAAAUGUCCAUGUGAUACUAAAUGGGGUAGAUCACACAAAAUUUGUGCACAACCCAGAAGCAGGAACAAGGUUUAGAAGGCGAUACGGUAUCCCUGAGAAUGCGAGCCUUGUGAUGGGUGCUGCAGGGAGGCUGGUUAGGGACAAGGGACAUCCACUGCUGUAUGAAGCAUUUUCAUUGAUCAGAAAAAGGCACCCUGGUGUAUGCCUGGUGGUGGCAGGGUCAGGUCCCUGGAGAAGAAGAUAUGCUGAGUUAGGCUCUAAUGUCAAAGUUUUAGGUGCACUGGAGCCAGCACAGCUUUCAGAAUUCUAUAAUGCAAUUGAUGUGUUUGUGAACCCAACAUUGAGACCCCAAGGACUUGAUCUUACAUUAAUUGAAGCAAUGCAAUGUGGGAAGCCAGUUUUGACCCCAAAUUAUCCAAGCAUAGUUGGGACAGUGGUGGUGAAUGAAGAAUUUGGCUACACAUUUUCACCUAAUGUGAAAUCAUUUGUUGAGGCCUUGGAGAUGGUAAUAAGAGAUGGGCCAAAGGUAUUGCACAAGAAAGGCUUGGCCUGCAAAGAGUAUGCUCUUUCUAUGUUUACUGCCACUAAGAUGGCAUCUGCCUAUGAGAGGUUCUUCCUCUGCAUGAAAAAUACUAAAUACUGUCAAUAUCCUCUUCCAACAGAUUGUUAAAUGUGAUCUCAAUUUUUCCGUUAACUAAUGUUUCUUUCCAAACUAAAUUUGUUAGCCUUCAAGUGUCAAGAAAGUUUUUGCUGGUGCUUGGCUUGAGGUGUUAGAUCUGCUGAUUAUAAAGCAACUACUUCACUUAGAUUGCAAGCUUUUUGUGUGGUUUCCAAAAUUCUUUUUCUGCAUAUUGAUAAUUUUUUAAGGGGUCUGAACUCAUGAUUAUUGAUGUGAUUGGCACUUGACCGCUAAAUUAGUAGCCCAACUGCUUUUGUGUAGUUCUUGUUAGAAAGUCAAAAGAUGGAGAUAGCUGGAAUCAAUAGCAUAAAUUCAGUAUAAAACUUAUGCAGAAUGCAGAACAUUCAGCAGAAAAUGUUGAACAAAAAAAAAAGAA